UCAUUUCGGGUGUUGUUUUGUUGCCCUGUCUCUCUCUCUCCCUCUCUCUCCCUCUCUCUUAUCUGUUGUGGGUCUUAUCAAGUGGUUAUCUCUUUUCUGAAAAGACAUAUUACGUUUUGUUUCCUAUCUCUUACGCUGUGUGAGUUUUUUUGUGGUAAUUAUGAUGAGACUACAUCAGGAGGGAGGACGGGCUCAUGACACGGAUGGAUUCAGAUCUUCAGUGUAAAGCCCUGUAUGGUGUGUGUGUGUGUGUGUGUGUGUGUGUGUGUGUGUAGUAGCUAUGUGCGCAUGUGUUUCCUUGGAAUAUCUUGAAGUUGUGUGCGGUCAUUCAUGUCAUAACACUGGCAUUACAAGCAUGAAAUGAUUUGGUGUCCUCGGCCUCUCCAUUUUCCACACACAGAGGGAUAUAGAAAGAGAUCCUGGAUGGACCUGGGUGAUAACAGCUGGUCCAUGGUCAAGCGCGAAGUGUCCAGCAGCAGCAGUCCAGGGUCUCCGGCAGAGCAGAGCUACCUGAACACGGACCGGAGAGACCGGCUGAGAUCACCGACGCACCUGGACGCGUUGGGAACCCGACGCACCGAGGGCAGGCCCCUACACUCCUACGUUCACUUUGGGCAUCCCAACAACGUCCUGCCCAGUUCAGACGACGUUACGCUCUUCACGGAUUUAGACCAGGGCAACAAACUCAUCAUCUCAGGCGGACACACCAGGGAGGCGCAUAAAGGAGGCCUUAUUGUGGACCCUACCGACAUGUAUCAGACGCUGGCCAUCGCCGCGGCCCAGAGUCAGGCCGGCUAUAACGACUCGCCGCCGGCCAGUUACAUGCACUCCAACCCCAAUUCUCCCGUAUACGUUCCGACGUCUCGAGUCGGGACGAUGAUACCGAGUUUGUCGUACCUUCAACCCAGCGUGUCAUCGCAGCCGAGCCAUGCGGUCAGCAGUCAUUCGGUCUGGUCGCAGUCCGCCCCAGAGAGCCCGUCCUACAGCACUGGAAGCCCACACACCUCCAACAGGUUCCACUACUCGCCCAGUCCACCCAUGAAUAACAGCACAUCGAGGGAUACCAGCUAUCCAUUGAAUGUCAGUAGUCGAGACCAGUAUCUUUCACGACCGAUAAGUGGAUCUUAUAGCAGUCCGUAUCCUCCUUACGUUGCACCGCAGCUAUCGCAGUUACCGACGGCGUGGCCAGCAGGGCCUUUCGAGAACUCCAUGCUUCAUUCCCUGCAAUCCAGAAGCGCACCACUGUCCAUCAGAGGACCGAAUGGAGAUUUGCUGGAGGACAUGAUGGAGAGCCGCGAGUGCGUCAACUGCGGCUCCAUUUCCACCCCGCUGUGGAGACGCGACGGCACGGGUCACUUUCUCUGUAACGCCUGCGGUCUGUACAGCAAAAUGAAUGGACUCAGCCGGCCAUUAAUUAAACCUCAGAAGCGUAUGUCGUCUUCAAGGCGGAUUGGUCUGUCUUGCGCAAACUGUCAGACGAGCACAACAACACUGUGGCGAAGAAACGCGGACGGAGAGCCCGUGUGCAACGCCUGUGGACUUUACACAAAGUUACAUGGGGUUCCUCGCCCACUUGCCAUGAAGAAAGAAGGUAUUCAGACAAGGAAAAGAAAACCAAAAACCUUGAAUAAAACAAAGGGAUCAUCUGGGAGUAGUUCUGUCCCCAUGACUCCAACUUCCUCAUCGUCCUCUGAGGAGUGCGCGAAAAACAGUCCAUCAUCAACGCAGGUGCCUGUAACUUCAGUCAACUCUUCGACGCUGGUGGGUCAAAUUGAGGUUCCAGGCACGACAGGCUCCAUGGUGAAGUACCCCGGACAGCAGAGUCUUUACACGAAUGUAGGCCUGACGUCCACAGCUGACGUGGCAGCCUCCGUGAGAGGGGACACUUGGUGCCCUAUGGCCUUGGCCUAAACCCUGGCAUUAUGAGAUGGGAGCCAUGCGGCGUCCUUCAGCUCUUUAGAACAUCCCUUUGGCAUUGUGCUUUAAGUGGCCGGUUCUGGCAGGGUGUUUGGCUGUCAUCCGUUUUUGGUCUGUGUUAUUGAUCUUGAGCAGAGGCCUUAUCUGUUCCAAAUACUCCAGUUUUUGAAUCACCCGUGGAAUACUUUGACUGGGUGUCCAUACUGGAGAUUAUCUGUGGCACUCUGCACUAGAGGACAACACUUGAGAGAGUCUUUAUAUGCCUUUGGUACUUUCAGAGCACACCCCACACCAUGAGUGUUGCUCGGAGGAGAAAGUGGAACAAAAUGUAUUUUUUCAAAUUAGAUUUGUAUAUAUUAAUGCUAACAGAUAUUUUGCCUAUCUGGAAAGACACGGUUGUUGAUUGGGAUUGUGAUGAAGAGAAAAAAAUGGUUGAUCUUUUCUGAAACUGGAAUUGAAGAUAAAGUGCAAAGGUCUUCCAACUGAUGAAUGCAAACAUAUUUAUGAAGCUACGGUUGUUCAAAUAAUGCAUAUACUGUAUUUGUCAAUAAAGAUAAUGUCAAAUA